UAGAUAUCAGUGUGUCUAAUAUUAUCAGCCUCACACAAAAAAGAUUGAGACUCUCGAACUGUAUUAGAAUAACCGAAAAUGCAUCGAAAUGACAUGGAAGAUGCACUUAUCAAAACCUUUUGUCAUGUUGCAUGUGUUAUCCCCAUUCUGUCGUCACAGAUGUGACUCAUGUACAGGAAAAUCCGAGUAGCUCUUUCAAAUGGAUUCAAAGCGCACUCGGUGCUAUCGAUGCCCCGAAAUCUGGUCAAUCAUAGCGCGGCGCUGCAGCUAUCAAUAAGUUGGAUUAGCAACG